AUGCCACCUAAACGUUCUCAUAAAUAUAAUCCUUCAAAAGCUUCAAAAGCUUCAAAUUCCUAUUCUCAGAAAAGAAAAAUUCUGUCUACUACAUAUAGCCAAAGCACGAAAUGUCAUACUUUUAGUGAUAAAAUUUGGGCUUCUUUUCUGGUCGAAGUUGAUGAGACUGGCAAUAGAUUUUCAUCAACUGAAAUUUCAUUCAAUAAUUUGCUUGCGCGUGAUAAAACUAAAGAACAUAAGACUUACUUCGGUGUUGAGCAUAGCUAUGUUGCCAGAAUAUUUGAAGAAACCCAGUAG